GUGGUAUAGUACUGAUUUCAAUUGAUUAGUACCACAAUACUUUAUUAGUAGCAGUAUACUGUACAACCCUACUACACACACAUACAGUACGUAGAAGAAAGUGUGUUUUUGUUGUUUGUGUCUUGCAGACGUCCAGCAGCUGAUCGGUAAUCCAGAAGAAGUUUCUCCUCAGUUAGGGGGGAGCUCCACUUUGAAGCAGGAGACUCCACAACCACCCUGCAUUAAAAAGGAAGAGGAGGAACUCUGCAUCACUCAGGAGGGAGAGUGUCUUCUAGGACGAGAGGAAGCUGAUUACACCAAGUUUCCACUGAGUAUUCUCUCUGUGAAGACUGAAGAUGAUGAAGAGAAACCACAAGUAGACAACCUCUUAGCUCCACUAUCAGAUAGUGAGGCUGAAGACGAGGUUGAAGAACCUUUGAGCAGCGAUAUAGACUGUGAAGGUGAUAUGAGGACUCACACUGACAACAAACACUCUGAAUGCUCUUCAAAGAAGAGAGGUAAAACAUGUUUGAGCUGCUCAGUUUGUGCUAAAAGUUUUACUAAAAAAAGCCAUUUGACUGAACACAUGAGAACACACACAGGGGAAAAAACCUUUAAUUGUUCGGUUUGUGGCAACAGCUUUCCUCAAAAUAGCUCUUUGACUCAACACAUGAGAACACACACAAGAGAAAAACCAUUUAAAUGUUCAGUGUGUGGCGAAAGCUUUUCUCAAAAUGGCAAUUUGACUCGACACAUGAGAACACACACAGGUGAAAAACCAUUUAAUUGUUCAGUUUGUGGCAACAGCUUUUCUCAAAAUAGCUCUUUGACUCAACACAUGAGAACACACACAAAAGAAAAACCAUUUAAAUGUUCAGUUUGUGGCGAAAGCUUUUCUGGAAAUGGCAAUUUGACUCGACACAUGAGAACACACACAGGUGAAAAACCAUUUAAUUGCUCAGUUUGUGGCAACAGCUUUUCUCAAAAUAGCUCUUUGACUCUACACAUGAGAACACACACAGGAGAAAAACCAUGUAAUUGUUCAGUUUGUGGCGAAAGCUUUUCUCUAAAUGGCAAUUUGACUCGACACAUGAGAACACACACAGGUGAAAAACCAUUUAAUUGUUCAGUUUGUGGCAACAGCUUUUCUCAAAAUAGUUCUUUGACUCAACACAUGAGAAAACACACAGGAGAAAAACCAUGUAAUUGUUCAGUUUGUGGCGAAAGUUUUUCUCGAAAUAGCAAUUUUACUAAACACAUGAGAACACACGCUGGAGGAAAACCAUUUAGUUGUUCAGUGUGCUGUAAAAGGUUCCAACAUAAUGCAGACGCUGUCAAACACAUAAGAACACACAAGGGAAAAUAAUCAAUUCGCUGUUUAGUUUGUGGUAUGUUGCUCAUAUGUGGCGACCUCUACCCUACCCAGGACUUGGAUUUUUUGGAGCAUAAUCUUAUCCACUCAUGACCCCAUGUCUUCUCUGUAUC